AUGGAUGCAGAAGAAGAGCCACCUCAUCAUGGAGUAUAUGCUCCAUCGCCGCGGGCAUCCAACUUUCCACUGGCAAUGCACUCUUGGAGGGACGACGACAAGGUUAUUGACAGUGAGGAUGAGGCGAUAGAAUAUAGUAGCCGCUCUAGUGAAUAUAGUGACACAGAUCGGAGCAUCCUGGAUGUUGUUGAGUUGAAUGCUUUUGUGUCAAUUGAUUCACUGACUGAGCAUGUUCUUAGCUCAAGCAGUACUCCAAGGCCUACCAUGACUGAUAUUGAGGAUCUGAUAGUUGGAUUAACGACGAGUGCGUCCAUCUCGUCAACCACUGAUACUCAAAUCCUCAGAAAGAUGGACCCAGCCAGCACUCCGAAACCCACCACAUGUGCCAUUGAUAGUCAGAUACCCGAGUGUACGGAGAAUGUUUCCAUGUUGUUGAGCCCUGAAGCUCUAUUUGGGCAGAUGACUACAGAACCUAUUAUGAGUGGCAUCGAAGAUCAGAUUCCAACGAAGGCAUCUUCAUUGUUGACCACUGAUACUCCGAUGGAGAAUUUAGCCAGCUCUCUACCAGGACACACAAUGGACAACCUCGAUACUCGAGGGAAGAAUAUCUCAGCCAGUCCUUCGGAGGGACCAGGUCGUCCGGCAGAUGAUCCGGGUCGUUUUCCUGAGGGACCAGGACAUCCUUCGGAAGGCCCAGAACACCCAAAAUGGUUUCAAAAUGUUGUUAUAGUUGAUGACCUUCAACUCUCCCGAAUUUUGUUCAAGGCGGGUGCUCUGAUUUACCUGCUCUUCCUCAUCAGAGUGCUUCAGAAGAUCUAUGCAACGUUUUGGAGCCAACCCCUUGCUGUUGCUGUUGGAAAUCUGACUUUGAGUAUUGUGUUGUUCAUUCUGAUCCAUUACCAUCCCCCAAUGCCAGUCCAACUCAAAGUCACUAAAAAGUUCGGAAUUCCACAAGUUGCAAUUGAUGCUAAGAUCUUUAUAGGGUCCUUCACAUGUGUCUCAUUCAUGAUAAAGAUGGUCCUCAUUAUCGGAGAGUUAGUAGCUUAUUAG